AUGAUAUUAAUUUUUAAGAAUUUUUUAGAACAAAUUAUAAAUCUAAACAAGUAUAGUAUAUUUAUUUUGUAUGUAUUGUAUACAUUUUUAAGAUAUCCAAAAAAACCCUUUUUACAAUAUCAUUCAAGUAAAGGAAAAUAUAUUAAAAAAAUGAAAAGUUUACACCAAUCUUAUAAAGCAUAUUUAUUUACAAAUGUAGGUUUUUUACAGUCUUAUUUACAGUUGCAUCGUGUUGUAAAACCCAUUUCUAGGAAAAGUUAUAGGUUGAAAGUGCCGUAUGAUGGUGAGAUAAUUCUUGAUGUUUGUGAUGAUAUCACAACAAAAAGAAAAGAAACUAAUUUAAAGAUUAGUGAUAAAAAUAUUAUAGAUGAAAAAAAUAAUUUAUUAUUUGACAAAGAUGACUUCUUUGUAGAAAACAAUGAUAAAAAAUAUUACUGUAUAAAUAAUAAACAUAAAUGUACUAUUAUUAAGAGAAAUAUAAGAAAAAAUGUUUUACUUGUACAUGGAUUCAAUGGAUCAAGCAAUAGUAAAUAUAUUAUUGGACUGUCUCAUCAUUUUAGAAAAGCUGGUUAUCGAAUAUUUUGUUUUAAUGCACGUGGUACUAAAGAGAUUCUUAAUAAUUCCAUCUUUUUUCACAUAGGAUGGACUGUAGAUUUACAUGUCGCUGUAGAAUUCAUUUUACAUAAUUUUGGUGGCUCUUUAGAAAUCUAUGGAUUUAGUAUGGGAGGUAAUUGGGUUACUAAAUAUUUAGGAGAUAAUCAGUGUCUAAAUCCUAGAAUUAUAAAAGGCGGGGCUAUUUGUUUACCUUUUGAUUUUUUUAAAAUUGAAAAAUGGAUGGAGAAUGAAAAGUGGAUUUAUAGAAAAAGAUUUUUAAAUAAUAUACUUACACGCAACUUUUUUAAAUAUAUAAAACGUAAUAAAGAGAUCUUUAAAAAUGCGGUAGAUUUAGAUUUGUUAUUUAAAUGUAAAAGUCUUAGAGAUAUAGAUACAAUAUUAACUAAGAAAAUUUUUAAUAUAAAAUCACUAAAUGAGUAUUAUCAACAAGAAUCGAGUGUAAGACAUCUUAAAAAUAUUAAAAUACCAUUUUUAAUACUAAAUUCUAAAGAUGAUCCUAUUAUUCCUGAGUUUAUUAUCGAUAAGACUGAAUGUUUAAAGAAUAAAAAUAUUUUAUUGGUUGUCACGCCGUACGGAGGUCAUCUGGGAUUUUUGAAAAAUAGUUUAAAAGAUUCUUUAGCAGAUGAUAUUAUUUUGGAUUUUAGUAAGCAUUUUGAGUAA